AUGCAUAAAAUAUCUACAUUAACAAGAAUUCUACUGCUUCUCACAUUACUACUAUUUCAACUCAAUAUACAAAACAAUGUUGCUAACGCCAACCAAGCAUUGACAUCGAAAACAGUCGCUUCCGAACAAAGUGCCAGCACAGAAAUUAUAUUAAAUUUUCAAACAUUCGAAGAAGAAGCUACCGACAAUAAUAACUCAACAAAAAAUAUUAUCCAGAAUCAUCAUUUAAAUCGUCAUGCUGUGAUACGCAAGGAAAUCAUAUUUGUUGCACUGCUGCCUAGUCAAGAAUUGGAAAAUAAAAAUGAUUGUAUCAGACCAAAAGUAUUACCAGUACUGGAACUGGCUAUAGCUCACAUACAACGGUUGGGUUUUGGUCCAUCCGUUCAUGUUGAUUUUAAGCUCAUUUCACGCGAUACAUUUUGCUCAUCAAUAUUCGGUCCAAUUGGUUUUUUCGAGAUAUAUACCAAAUGGUCGGAAAUACAUGCAGUAUUCGGUUUACCAUGUGAUUACGUUCUGGCACCGAUAUCACGUUAUGCUGGUGUCUGGCAAAUUCCUAUACUCACUACCGGUGGUAAUGCAGGCCAUUUUGAUAAAAAGGAUGAUAGCUAUCCAACACUGACACGUUUGAGAGGUGCUGAAAUGAAUAAUCUCGGUAAUGUGGUACGUGCUAUUAUAGAUAGUUUUAACUGGACUCGUACUGGUUUGAUAUUUCAAAAUGAUGAUAUAAAAGUGAAAGGUAAUUCCGUAUGUUUCUUCUGUAUGACUGUAGUACAUGAUAAACUAAGCAAACCAUCAAUUUUCCAACAAGGAUUUGAUACAAUUAUUAAUAAAAAAUCAAAAGUUGAGGAAAUGUUACGAAAAGUGUCAAAACAAACAAGAAUUGUCAUCAUGUGCGCAGAUCCACAAUCAAUACGUCAAAUCAUGUUGACAGCUGAGGAGUUGAAAAUGAUCGAUAGUGGCGAAUAUGUAUUUAUAAAUAUAGAAUUGUUUUCACGCUCACCAAACAUAACAUCUCAGCCAUGGUUUGACAAAAAUGAUACUGCGGAGAACAAUGAACGUGCUCGGAAAGCUUACACAGCCAUGUUAACAGUCACACCGAAGCAGCCAAGCGGUAGCGAAUACACAAGGGUCUCCGAGGAGGUUAGUAUAUGUUAA